CCAUUCGUCUGAUGCCUGACGAUCUAGCCACUCCAACACCGGCCUAAAGACGAGGGUGUCUGGUGUCCCAUGACGCACUGGCAGUGGGCGACAGUUGCAGUACAGUAUUCCAAGCUUUUAUACUCCCAUUACCAACUUCAAUAUUUCCGACCGCGUACAAGCCAUAUAAAAUAUCGCUACUGGUACUCCCAUAUAUUCAAUUCGGCGUGAAGGCGGGCACACUCCACAAGUGACCUCUACCAUGAGGUACUUACCUGUACGCAUCGUUGCAGUCACGGUGUACUACUAUUAUUCGGGAUAAAGGAGGCUUUGUUUAAGUAUUUAUGAGCCUUACGCUUGUCUGCCAUAGUGGACAUUGAACAUUGAAUUCCACGCCUUCCAAGUCGGGUGGGUGACAAAGGGUGACAAACGAGAGCCUUGAGGGGUGACAUUCUUUGUUUGAGUCAGACUAGGGUAGAGGGUCUUGUUUGCGCCCUUUAUCUCAGAAAGAGGUACCUGAGCGAUUGACUUGGACCGGUACAAAGGAGCUCACAUAAGGUCCUGUAUGUCCACGACACAUAGGUACAGCAGACCUCAGCCUCAAGUCCCUCGGCCGCCGUUUUCCUUCUCGUCAACUAAACACUCCAUCAAGAUUUCGACUCAGGGCAAGGCGAGCCCCGAAGACAUAUUUUCCGCCACCAUACUAGGACAUUUUCCAUUCUGCUAACCAAGCAAGAGUUCAGAUCAACAAGCGCGCAAGAGGAAACUCUCCCAUCUAUAUCACAACAGACGGAGCCGAAGAAAAGAAAACGAUAGCUCAACCAUCAUCGUCACUUACCGUCCUGAUACUCAGCACUUCUCCCUCCAACAUACCUUUUUUAGCGUAUCAUUGCCAUCACAAUGGCACCAUUCAGCAGCAUCUUCACCAAUUUCCGACUAUCCAGCAUCCUCAACCUGUUGCUGCGCACCAUGCAGCUAAUUGACGGCUUGGUGGUGAUUGGAUUGUACGGAAUCGACCUCAACCACGCGCACAAGCAGGACAAAUACACCGAUGGCAAAUGGGUCUAUGCGGUGGUCGUCGGAUCACUGGCUGCAUUCACGGCCAUCGUGUACGGAGUGGUGUCUGUGUUUCUGCAUUACCGUAGUGUGACUCUCUAUUUCCUCUGGGAGUGGGUGCUGGUGAUCCUGUGGGCUGCCCUUUCGGGAAUCUUUGGAACAAUGUAUAUGGGCGAAAAGGUCGAGAUGGACCAAGGUAUUCACCGUAUGAAAGUCGCUGUCGGGUUCGAUUUGGCUGGGAUGGUGUUGUGGUUUGCGUCGGCGGUGUUGGGAACGCUGUGGUUUUUCAGGGAGAGAUGGGCUGGGAAGGUUGGGAGACGGAGGGGGAAGGCUUGAGACAGUGAGACUUGGAUAAGGAUUUGGCACAAACACUGCCAGCGCAGUAUUCUUUUUCCGAUGUACUGGACACUCGCAGUGCCUGCCUUACCGCUCACAACAGCACAGAGAAGCAGUUUUUUGAUACCUGAUAGUACGGGGUUACCUUAACCACAACAUUUGUAGGAAGUCUAGUGUACAAGCAUGACUGAAGGCACCAACCCGUUGGCUGCAAAAUGGCAUUUCCACUUCCUCCACCGAGGCCAAUCUGGGCGGAGCGCGCUCUUACCGGAUGGAUAUCUCCUUUUCUUCAUGGCAUGGGAAAACUGCUUGUGAAAGACCGGACUCUCUGACCGGUACCGUUGAUCAGUGGAGCUGGACGACAGAAAGUCUGUCAAACUCGACUUUUUGGACACAAGUGAAAUGGUUGUUUGGAGUCUAUUUCUUAGACCGUUCCCACAGUCGAAAGGCGAUGAGGCCGAUCAAAAUCCA